AUGGGCAAACAUUGGACCCUUGGCAAAGUUAGGGAGUUUGACGGUACCAAAAAGCUGAAUAAUGGAUUACCACAGGGUUCAGUUUUGGCUCCGCUGCUCUUCAAUCUUUACUUACAUGAUAUACCUGAAACGCAGAGUCGUAAAUUUAUGUAUGCUGAUGACAUAGCACUAGCUUCCCAACACGAAACCUUCAAACCAUCCGAAGGUAUCCUUAACGAGGACUUAAGUAUACUAGACAAAUACUUUAGGAAAUGGAGACUAGUACCAAACACUGCCAAAACCGAAGUAACUGCGUUUCACUUGGCUAACCAAAUAGCAAAAUACGAGCCCACUGUUGAGUUUGUUGGAGCCAUGUUGCACUACAACCCCACUCCGAGAUACCUGGUCGUGACUCUCGAUCGGAGUCUCACGUACGCUCCGCACAUGGACAAAUUAUCCAAAAAGUUCCAGACCAGAAACAACAUCUUGCACAGGCUAGCGAGCACCACUUGGGGGGCCAGCGCCGAUGUGCUGCGUACAACCGGUCUCAGUUUGAUGUACCCAACAGCAGAGUACUGUGCACCAGUAUGGUCAAAUAGUGCACAUGUGCUGCAUGUGGACCCAGCUGAACCAGACCAUGAGAUGCAUAUUUGGAACCUUAAAAUGUACCCCCCUCCAGUGGAUCCCCGUGCUAAGCCAUAUAAGCCCACCCCAUUUGAGAAGACGACAAAUACUACUACGAGAGUCGCAGAAGAUCUACGGAAAUCCCAACCUGCCAACUCACGCGGAGUUUACUGA